AUGCCGGCACCCAGGGAGAAUGGAUAUUAUAGUAGAGACAAGAAAGGAAGAGAUGUUAUAAGAUUCCACAACGGUCAACUGUCCAUCCGAUGUGAGCGUGUUGGCUGCAACGCCAAUGGCCUUGAGCGGGCCUCUUAUUAUUAUAGAGUCAUUAUGGAAUCGGCCGAGAAAGAAUCGGAAAUCCCGGAAUAUCUCAAAUUGGAGUUAAUCGACUCUAGAAGUGGUCAGCCAUCACUUGUGGGCAUCCCGGAAUUGAGUCUACGGAAAGACGGUGAAGUUGUUAAAGUGAAGAUGCUCGACGACGAUGAGGAAGUAUUGUUCAUGUGGGUAGUAGCACAAGAUGAUGAGGAAGCUAUUGAACAGGGUGAUACUGUAGAUGGAGGGCUACUCGAGGGGAGUAGUAAUAAAAUUAAUAUUAACACUUUAAAGAAGGCUGCCAAGAAGAAAUUCAGGGGUGGUUUGAGCUUUAAAUUUGGUAGGAAGGAAAAGAAGGAAAAUAUAUAG